CUUUCAGACACCCCAUUUGGGGGGGCAGGAGCGGGCCCUGCUGCCUCGGGCCUUCGUCGGUGGGGCAGAACGCGGGUAUCUGGGGCCGGGGUGGGGCCUGGGAAGUGGGUCAGACGAGUUGGGCUCUGCAGGUCGAGUAGGAGUUCCAGAGGCACCGAAGAGGACAGUGGGGCACAUGCUGGGAGGUGGGACUCAGUCAGGGGUACAGGUCAGUAGCUGGCCUGGAGGGGCUGGUGGGGGAGACCACAGGACAGGAGGCGGGGCUGGGUGCUGUGCAGCCCCCACCUCCUGGGCUGUGGAGCCCGAGGUCGAAGGUCAAGCCCUCCCCUGCUAAUCAUUUGGCAGGUGCAGAGGUGCAGGGGCCCCUGUCUCCGGCAGGUAUCCCCCAUCCCUAGAUUGGAGCUGGUGGGAAUUAAUAUCUACAAAGGCAGAGCCAGCCGGACACAGUUCUUUAAAAGUGGAAGCGGUGCUCAGGCUGGUGCCGGCUGUCCUUGGAUGGCCUUCCCAGAACACCCAGUCCCAGGGAGGGUCUUGCCCGGAGCCCCGGGCGCCCUGCAGGCCCCUGCUCCCUCUGCUCCUCCCCUCUCCCGGUCUCACCCUGGGGAAACCCUCUGAGACCCUCCUUUCUCCUCACACUUCUUAUUCCCCCUUUAUUCUUACUCCGCAGCGCUGGGGAUGGAGCCCGGGGCUUCCUGACAGGAGGCAGGGACCCACCACCCAGCUGCGCCCUGGCCCUCGGUGCUUUUCUUGAGACAGGGUUGAGCGCAGGCUGGCUGGGACCUCGCCCUCCCGUGCCUCAGCCUCGGAGUCGCUGGGGUGACGGGCGAGGCCGGGCGCUGUUCCUGUCUGUCGUAGCAGCACACGGGCAGGACGCCCUUGAUUCGGGCAGCCGUCCUCGGGGCCAGUGUGCUGUUCAGCUGAGGGUCUCUGGAGGGAGUGAGGGGUGGGGGUUUAAGGACCUUCCUGGGUGGCAGGCUGUGACCUGGGACCCCACCUGGCCCACGGAGUCUGGACGUGCACCUCACCACCGCUGCACCCACCUGUGGCCCAGCUGAGGUUCUGCCUCCGUCCUGCCCUGGUUUCCCCUCUCCCCUCCCCCUGCUUAGCAGCCCAUUUCAGAAUUGGCCUCUCUCCAGCCCCAGAUCCUGCUGCGGCUCCCCAGUGCCCCCUUGCCUGCCCUCUGUUAGCAAGCAGGUGAGGAGGGCCCUGAAGUCACACCUGCCCGAGACCCAGUGUCAGGGGUGGAUCCACAGAGAACUUCAAAGCAGACUUCAUUUCUGCAGCCCUGAGGCUUGAAGCAGAGCCUCUCACGACCAGGCAGGCACUCUUAUCCUUGAGCUGCAGCCCAGCCCCUAGGACAACCUUCUCGCUGAAGGACUUGAUGUUUGUUAGGCUGUGCUCAGGCCCCACUACGAACUCUGCCUGUGUCGCUCUAAGUUCCUCUGCGGCCAACCACGUGGAAAUAGUAAGAGAAGAGUAACCGCAGGGCCACGCAGGGCCACGCAGGGCCACGCAGGGCCUGGGCCACGCACUGUGAAUCUGCACCCACCCAGCCCUUGCACCGGAGCCCGAGGACGUGGCUACUUUAGCAUCCCCAAGUUACAGUGGGGGAAACCGAGGCAUGCUCGGGCCAGGAACCCACCCAGGCAGGGGCUGCCCAUGGCUGUCCUGCCUGGGCCUCACACCUGCAUGCCCGGGUCAGAGGCCCGGCGCCUGGAUCCCCGCGUGCCCCAGGACAUUUAGUUCCAGCGUGGCCCUCCUGGCCCUGACCUGGGCCUGGGAGUCUGUCCUGCCUCGAACCUUCCGCAGGGCUGGGGCCAGGCCGGGGCUGCAGCUGCCCAUCGUGGCCUGCUCCGUUGUGUCCCUGUACUUCCUGGAGCUGACUGACCUCUUCAGGCCGGCCCAGGUGGGCUUCCAGUGCCAUGACCGCAGGCUGUCCAUGCCCUACGUGGACAGCAGGGAGGAGCUGGUGCCCCUGCUGAUGCUGCUCAGCCUGGCCUUCGCGGCCCCUGCUGCCUCGAUCAUGGUCGGCGAGGGGCUGCUGUACUGCCUGCAGUCCCGGCUCUGGGGCCGCGGCGGGGGCGCCGGCGGGGCCGAGGGCAGCAUCAGCGCCGGCGGCUGCAACUUCAACUCCUUCCUGCGGCGCACCGUGCGCUUCGUGGGCGUCCACGUGUUUGGCCUGUGUGCCACGGCUCUGGUGACGGACGUCAUCCAGCUGGCCACCGGCUACCACGCGCCCUUCUUCCUGACCGUCUGCAAGCCCAACUACACCCUGCUGGGCACGUCCUGCGAGGCCAACCCCUACAUCACGCAGGACAUCUGCGCUGGCCCCGACGCCCACGCCAUCCUGUCUGCACGGAAGACCUUCCCGUCCCAGCACGCCACCCUGUCCGCCUUCGCCGCCGUCUACGUGUCGAUGUACUUCAACUCCGUCAUCUCGGACGCCACCAAGCUGCUGAAGCCCAUCCUGGUGUUCGCCUUCGCCAUCGCCGCGGGCAUCUGCGGGCUCACCCAGAUCACCCAGUACCGCAGCCACCCCGUGGACGUCUACGCAGGCUUCCUCAUCGGGGCGGGCAUCGCGGCCUACCUGGCCUGCCACGCGGUGGGCAACUUCCAGGCCCCACCCGCAGAGAAACCCAUGGCUCCCCCACCUGCCAAGGACGCGCUGCGGGCGCUGACCCAGCGGGGCCACGACUCGGUCUACCAGCAGAACAAGUCUGUGAGCACGGACGAGCUGGGCCCACCAGGCCGCCUGGAGGGCGUGCCCCGGCCUGUGGCCCGAGAGAAGACGUCCCUGGGCAGUCUGAAGCGGGCCAGCGUGGACGUGGACCUGCUGGCCCCCCGCAGCCCCAUGGGCAAGGAGCACUUGGUGACCUUCAGCAACACGCUGCCCCGGGUCAGCACGCCCUCGCUGGACGACCCCGCCCGCCGCCACAUGACCAUCCACGUGCCGCUGGACGCCUCGCGCUCCAAGCAGCUCAUCAGUGAGUGGAAGCAGAAGUCCCUGGAGGGCCGCGGCCUGGGGCUGCCCGACGAGGCCAGCCCUGCCCACCUGCGAGCACCCGCGGAGCCCAUGGCAGAGGAGGAGGAGGACGAGGAGGAGGACGAGGAGGAGGAGGAGGAGGAGGAGGAGGAGGACGGGGAGGAGGAGGGCCCCAUCCCACCCUCGCUGUACCCCACGGUGCAGGCACGGCCGGGGCUGGGGCCGCGGGUCAUGCUUCCGCCUCGGCCGGGACCCCAGCCGCUGGUGCACAUCCCCGAGGAGGGGGUGCAGGCGGGUGCGGGCCUGUCCCCCAAGAGCAGUGCCGCCGUGCGAGCCAAGUGGCUCAUGAUGGCCGAGAAGGGUGGGGCCCCCGUGGCCCCCACGCAGCCCCGCGUGGCCAACCCCCCGCGGCUGCUGCAGGUCAUAGCCAUGUCCAAGGCCCCGGGCGGGCCGGGCCCCAAGGCGGCCGAGACGGCCUCGUCCUCCAGCGCCAGCUCCGACUCCUCGCAGUACCGCUCGCCCUCGGACCGCGACUCAGCCAGCAUUGUCACCAUCGACGCGCACGCGCCCCACCAUCCCGUGGUCCACCUGUCCGCGGGUAACGCGCCCUGGGAGUGGAAGGUGGCGGGCAGCGGUCCCCGGGGGUCAGAGGGGGAGGCGGCGUACGAGCUGGGAGACCUGGCGCGCGGCUUCCGGGGUGGCUCCAAGCCACCGGGCGUGUCCCCCGGCUCGUCCGUCAGCGACGUGGACCAGGAGGAGCCGCGCUUCGGGGCUGUGGCCACCGUUAACCUGGCCACGGGAGAGGGGCUGCCCCCACAGGGCGCGGCCGAUGGGGUGCUGGGGCCGGCCAGCCGAGAAUCCACGCUGCGGCGGCAGGCGGGCGGCCUGGCGCUGGGCGAGCGGGAGGCCGGUGAGGCCGAGGCCGAGAACUACUUCCGGAGGAUGCAGGCCCGCCGGCUCCAGGACUGAAGCUCCCGCUGUCCAGGCCGCCAAGG